UUGGCAGCUUCAGUUGUGUCUCAGAGUUCGUUGGGGAAGGAGGUGCGGUCUCCUGCUCCCUGUCAGACCGAAGACUUUGUUCCUUGACCUCUUAUCGAAUUCUGUUGUGGCAGAGAAAGGGCAGCUUGUUUAAAUAAAAGAUGAUGUUUCCCCAUCCACUAAGGACAUCUGGCGGCGGACAGAGGUACUACCAGAUCGUCUGCAUCUUCGCCUCGUUGGUUUUGGCCCUGCCACACCCGAAACAAGAGUACCCACUGGUCCCUUGGGAAGACUUGUGGGACGAACUGGACGAGAUGACUCUCGGGAAGGAUUUUUGCGAAGUGGAGAGAGGUUACUGCUGGUACAACUCCACCAGAAUCUUAGAGGAUGACAGCCCCUUCAGGCCUCUGGACCGGAAUGAUUUGAAUGCGCUCUGUCAGUGCGACAGCGACUGCGUUCGUUAUGGCGACUGCUGUCGGGACAGGGCCGAAGCGGAUUGGGGCGACGGGAGGGAGGAAGGAAGCUCUCGGUACUCCUGCCGGAAGAUGCAGACGAUUAGUACAACCGGAGUUCUCAUGGUUGAAUCCUGCCGGGCAGGCUAUGAGGAUAAGACAGUUGAGAAUCUCUGUCGGCAGCAGGUGUCGGAGUCUGCCUACAGUUACGUGUUGGACUUACCCGUGACUUCGAAGGACACGAAUGUGACUUACGUCAACUUCCACUGCGCAGUUUGCAACGACGACGCUGCCAAUUUGCACCGGUGGAAUGUGACCAUCAACUGCGCCACUGGGCAGAUCAAGAGGGACUUCACAAUGGCCGAAUUCAUGGCAGAGGCUCGUUACUUCCCAGGGCAGCGUCGAUGGGAACGCUUCACCUACAGGUCUCCUGCGGACAAGAGACAAAAGGUCUACCAGAACAGAUAUUACUGCUCACUCGAGGUCGAGGAGUUUGAAAACAAAACUGAAUUCGCCUUGAAUUACGGAGGUCGCCUGUGCAUGUUCCCAAAAAGUACGUGUCCUAAAGAUCGAAUUGGGAAAAGCUUCUUUUGUAAGGAGCAGGUACGUCACUGUGACUCUGCAUGGCCCGAUCACCUUGACAAAGAGAAGUGCCAAAGGUACUCCCACUUUGUGACCUACAGGGACGACGAGGGCCGGGAGACUUAUUACAAAAACCCACACUGCGCCCGAUGCAAUUUCGUCAACGUUUCCUCCAGCAAUCUCAAAUGUUUUAACCCCCCUGGUAACGCGACGUCAUCUAACAGGAGAGCCAAUUCUCGGGGGAUGAUCCCAGUGUUUUCCGUGCUGAUGGACUUCAGGAGUAAAGACUGCAACAAGGAGAAUGAACUAUGGGACCCGAUCCACAUGAAAUGCCAGAAAAUCCUGUGUGGGUACCUCUUCAAACUCGAAAACGGGCAGUGUGUUCGGGACGAGACAGUCUUUGAAAAGCUGAGGAAUUCGUCUGUCCUGGAUGACAGCUGCCCCAAGAUUCUUCUUCGUGGAUAUCUGGUGAGGGAAAAUGGGUCUGUCUUCAUGAACGUGACGAAGAAAAUAUAUGAUGUGGGGUCUUAUGAGGUCGUCAACACCUCCCACAUCCUGAUUUGCAAUGAAGACCGUCACUAUUUGCUGAAGUUCUCAGACGCCCACAAAUGCCUGACUUUGAUUGUGAUGGUGAUAUCCAUUGUUUCUCUAGCUCUUCACAUAGCCAUUUACAUGCUGGUGCCCCGUUUCAGGAAUUUACCCGGUAGGAAUCUCUUCUCCCUGGCGUGCUGCCUCUUCGUGGCCCACAUACUGUUCCUGACUGGAAUAGGAGCCACUUGGUACCAUGGGCUAUGCGUCUCCCUCUCUGCGAUCCUGCAUUACUUCUGGAUGGCGUCCUUCUGCUGGAUGAACGUCAUGAGCGUAGACGUCUGCAGGACAUUCAGGAGUCAAAUGUACAGAGGCGACCUCAACAGCCAGAAGACCUACAUCUGUUACUCUGUCUACGCCUGGGGAGUACCUGGCUUGGUCGUGUUAUUGGCCCUUGUUUUUGACAACGUUGAUGUUGUUGCUGACUACAGGCCUGAAUACGGCACAGAUUACUGCUGGAUAAACAAUCGCUACGGCCUCAUUCUCUUUUUCGUCUUGCCUGUGGGAGCCAUUGUGGUGGAGAACAUGGUGCUGUACUUUGUGACCAUCUGUUGCAUCUGCAAGCAAGCCAAGGCUGCCAGGUAUGCUGGGACGAGGUCCCAGAGUGUUAAAGAGUCACACACCGAGUCAGAGGGCAAGGGCAGCAAAGGUCACCACAAGCAUUUAAAGACACAGUCACAGGGUCAUCGAGGUAGGAAAGAUCGCAUACGCCUCGUGUUAUACGUCAAGUUAGGCGUAAUCCAAGGCCUGACUUGGCUCUUAGGAGUUCUAGGGGCCUUUGCUGAUAUCCCAAUUUUGUGGUAUUUCUUCACUUUCUUUAAUGGUCUCCAGGGAGCCUUUAUAUUCCUCGGGUUUGACUUGAAGAGAAAGGUUACAGAAUCAGUGUGGGAAGCAAUAACAGGGAGACCCUGGAAGAAGGACCAUCACCUAUCCCAAACCAAUAAUCACACCGUAAGCACAUUCACACACAGCAGGUCAUCGAAGUCCAGCAGUGAUUCUGAGGGUGACAAUCAACUUGAUACAUCGGUUAGCCAUUUUGGUGCUGAAGAUCCGAAUAGUUUACCAUUUGACGAUACCCUUUGGUCAGGGAAAAUCAAGCAUGGUAAACAAAAAUCAUGUCAGAAGUCAAGUUCAAGACUUACGGGUUGCCAAAUGACCAGUGCUGAACAUGGAAGCAAAAAUUCGACUAAGACCUUGUCACCCGAGGAUUCUGAUACCUGCAGUAGAAGCCGUGUUCGGAAUGGCGACUUACGAGGCAGCGUGGUCAAAGGAAAGUUUGCUGAUGAAAAGUCGGAGGACUUUGCUGCUCUUUCACGGAUACGUGCAGGACUAGGAAUGACUGAGAAUGCUGUAAGUAACAAAAGGAGGAAAUCCGAUUUACAAAAAGUGGUAGACCUACUUCAGCAACUACAGCAAUCAAAGAAUCCGAGCAGCAUUCAUGGUGUAGUGCAACUAUUGCUUCAUAAAAGUGGUAGUCUUGAAGGUAACCAGUGUAAGCAAUUAAAUCCAUCUGAUGCCGUGACUCAUCUUCAAGACAAGAAUAAUACUUACACAAACAGUAAGAAGGCGGCUCAUGAAUGUGAUGAAAACACUGCAACCGUCUUUCCAACCGGUUCAGUCAAGUCGUUUGAGGAGAGAUUUGCACCACAGACUCUGCCUUGUAUUCAAAAGAAAAGUAGACCAAAGUCUUCAUCAACUUUUACAAGUGACACCUCCCAAAAUUAUCAAACAAAAUUUCCCUCCACAAAACAUUGCUCUUCUGUUGAGAGGAUCGUUACCAGGCACGAACAGCCGAGUGACACAUCAAGAAAUGGAUCAAGGCCACAGUCAUUUGCACAGGUUUCCCAGGUGGCACUUGCCGUUGCUAAAAUGCAGAGAAAACAGGGUUUUCCUCAUGAAGCAGACAAGUAUGGGAGGAGGAGUCAGAUUUCCAAUAAAACAUCCAGAGAAGUGGAGAAUCAUUUUGAGAGUUUAGUAUAAGGCACUUCAAGAUGUGGUGAUAUUGAGCUGCUACUCAGGGAAAUAGCUUAUUGAAUGAUAUAAAUGUUUUAGAAAUAGAGAAUGUAUUUAAAUAAAAAUGAAUAUUGUAUAACCAAGGGGAAAAUGAAAAUGCAUGAAAACAAAUGUGUA